GCAGGCGGAACAAGAGGAUGAGGAGGAGAAGGAGGAAAAGCGGCUGCGUGUCCCAGCCCAUCUCCGUUUCCUUCCGGGUCGCAGCCCGCAGCCCCCUCCUCCUCCCGCGUCCUGGGCCAUGGGGGCGGCUGCCGGGGGGGCCGCCCACGAGGGCACCGCGGCCGCAGCGCCGCUGGACCCCGGGCGUGGGCUGUCCCUGCCCCGGGGGGCUGGGAGCCCUGCGGCGUCACAGGACAAGCUCUUCUUAAUCAAAGGUGGAAUUUUUCUAGGUACUGUUGCUACGGCAGGAAUGAUAGCAGGUUUUGGCACCACACUUGCUAUGACAAAAAAGAAGAACCCAGACUGGUUCAGUAAGGGCAUUACUGCCACAGCUGCAUUACCAGAGAGCGGUUCGUCACUGGCCUUACGAGCCCUAGGAUGGGGCUCACUCUAUGCAUGGUGCGGAGUUGGAUUGCUGAGUUUUGCCAUCUGGAAGGCUCUGGGUGUGCACAGUAUGGUGAAGGAAGUAAAUUUCUGUCAAGAGGUGAUUUGGAACAGCUCUCUGCUCUCCACUGACAUAUUUAUUGCAUUCACUACAGACUUCUAAAUUUCCACUGCAGAAAGGAAGCGCAUACAAUAGUGCUUUUAUUAUUGCAGAAUCAAAAAUUAGCAAUUUGUAAGUUUCCUCUUUCCAUGUUUCUUUUUCCUGUUUUACUAUGUAUCUGUUAAAAUCAAAAAUAUAUAUGUUUAAAAUUGCUAGAGGUUCAAAAGUAGAAGCAUGUUAUAUUCUGACCAAAGAGGUUCAUUAGCCUUAAAAAUAUAACUGUAGAAUAAAUAAUCUUUGAUUUUUUAUUAUUGUUUUCACUUUUUGCCUACUGCUUUAACACAACACUCAGGAGCAAACACUGGCUGUUGAAAGACAGUAUUUAUGUGCUUAAAUGUCAUCUUCCUGAACAGUCAAGAUUAAAUAAGGAUUAUAAGCUAUCUAGUACAUCAUUAGUUCUGGACUCUUAAACAUAUGCUCAUUUUAAGAAGGGCCUAUUUUUAUGUGAUGUGUUUUCCUGUUUCAGGGGGACAUUCUGCAUUCUGAUACUUUUGAAAAUUCUUAAUUGCUAUCAUGUAAGCAGAGAUAAUAGAUUAAUAGUCAGUUACAAUAAUGAUUGUUGAAACCACUGAUGCAUAUGUUGUGUCCAAUUAUUAUUAGAUAGGAACAAAAAAUAAAUAAAGUUUUAUUUUUGAGAAACUGAAGUUAUCGCUGAGUGAAAUAAAGUUUCUUUCCACAUAAACUGUUCAGACCAUGGAAGACACUGUAGAUUUUGCACUAAGCUCAACAUUUUCAAAUGAACAUUUUAAUUUCUGUUAAACAUUUUAAAAGGAGGCUCUUACAGAUUCACCUGAAUAAGAUGUCUUGAGUCUUCAGUGCGGUUGAGUGCUGUGAAUUCACUGGCUCUGUAGUACAUGCUACUUCCCAAUACCUGUAGAAUUUCAAGUCACAAUUUCAAACCUAGCAUUAGAUACCAAGGUCUGAAAGCUAUCAAUUUAAGGUAGACUUCAGCCUCUCAGUGUGCUAUACUCUGUGUGACCUGAGGGGCGACUUGACUCAUUUUGAUGCCAGGAAUCCGUGUGAACUUUAAAGCUCUGGCAGCUGGAUAGGGAAGAAGAGGUUCUGCCCUGCCUCUUCACCUUAACAGUAACGAGCUGCCCUUGGAACCUGCUAAUUAGUGACCUGGUCCUGCUAAGCAGCAGCUUCAUCUGGCAAUAUUGAUAACAUUAUUGGCAGCUAAUACAAUCUUUUGAUACUAAAUUGUUUCCUUUGAUAUUAAAUUAUUAAGGACAAUAACAUUCUGAUUGCAAGCACUGCAGGUGUUCAUUUAGCAAACAAGAAAGCUGCUUUUGUUGCAUAUAGGAGUAUCUCAGCUCCAGUGCUUUCUCAAAUCCAUUGCCAAUUCUGUUCUUGUGACUAUCUUGGUGGGAUGUUAGUGAAAAAAGGACUGUCACUUGCAGAGUUUGAAGGGGAGCUCUAAGUCAAGUAAUACUGAAUUGUUAAGUAUUUAAUGCCUCAAGUCAUCUAAGGAGUGAGGAAGGCAGAGUGGAAAAUCAGAUGUGACAGAUUGGCAAAAAUCCCACCACAAGGAGUAAGAGAGCAAUGAGAUCUUGAAGCAGAACUGGUUUGGCCAGGAAAGCUAUUGGGCAGUUUCAUUCGUGGCUCAGAAGCCCGCAGCUGAUGUUCAUGUACACCAGGGCUUGGGCUGGCUGUACAGGAGAAGGAUAGCAGAGCUGGUCCCUGAGUUUGGAGAAGUGCAGUGCAAGACGCGCGCAGUGCUUUUUGUGCUUUGAACGCUGCACAUGCCAGCCACGUUCCAGUGUGAAACAGUGGGAUGUGCAGACGGUGUCACUGAGUGGUCCUUGUGUAACCCGCUGGGAAUCCCUUGAGAGCGUCCCGGCGCCCGCAGGAAGCGGUGGUGAGCGUCUCCCGCGCACCUGGGAGCGCAGAACUAAACCAGGAAGGCGCUGCUGCGCUCCAAUCCCGGUUGGUUUAUGGCUCAGUGUGCUCCUGACGCCGCUCCCGGCGGUUCCCGCGGGGCGGGGCGGGGCCGGGGCGCCGUGGCUGCCCCGCAGCGGCACCUCGUGGCGUCGGCAGGAACAGCCGCGCCGGCGGCCCGUCCUGGGCUUGACCCUGGAGCAUGGAGGGGUUUGGUCGUCUGAGAACCACCCUGGCUCUUAGACAAGCAGUGGGAAACGGCGUUGCCCCUAGUUAGAGGCCAUGGUUUCACCGGGUAUCGUUGACAAAAUGCUACGGCUUUUGGUGUUGGGGGAUGUGUGUUUCUAUGAGCCUGGAUUAUUGAGGGGACAGUGAGUGAUUGAUGAAAAUAUAUAUUACCCUAAGGUUUGUGAAUGUUUAAAUUAUCUUGUCAUCGCUUCCAAAGUCAGAGAUGAAACGACGGGAGUAAAGUGGAACAAUAUUUCCUUGAUGAGUUUAUAAUUGCUGUAAUUAAUCUGUGUCAGCAGUUGCGACUGCUCAGCAGUUUGUGUUGUGCCAUGAAACUGAAGCCACAGUUCAGGAUACCUUGUCCUUACACCUUCUGAGACAGCCUGUGUUUGCUAUAGAAGCAAAUCGUUGCUAAGAUCUCUUCCAGGCACUGAGGUGAUGCACUAGCUUUGGUGAUACGAAAUUUUUAUUUAAUCUUUGUGGUUUAUUGGUUCUUAAAACAGUGCUAUGACAAUGCGUACUUCUACCUCUUAACAGGCUUUAUUGUUAAAGGUGGUUCCCUGGAGCUUUACAGUCUGCUGCUUUUUAUGCUAGCGUCAAAACCCAGGGGUGAUAGUAAGUAACUGAUCCUUAUGUCUUGGUAAGGAAUAUAAAAGAUUUUAUGCUGUCUCAAGUUGGGUUGUUAAUAUCCCCUGCCUGCAGUUGCCACUGUUUUAAUCUGAGGACAGGCUGGUUAAGUAAUAAACCCUACUAAAUUCCACUCAACUGUUAUUCUGAAAUGGAGAAGUGAUGGAUCAGUGAGGACUUGGUUUGAAAAUGGUUUAAGUUCUGUUUUUCAAUGGUGGAAAAGAGAAAUCUUCUUUUUAAGAACCUAGAAGAUGGUGGUUAUCUGGUUUUAUAUUGUACAUCUUGAAAAAAUAACCAGCUAUAGUCAGACUUUUUUAACUUGCUUGCUGCAAUCUGUUAGGAAAAUACAUUUAAAUAUAUGUAUCUGUCCACCUUUGAUUAUCCCUGAACAUAGAAGCUCUGUCUAUAUUAGCAGGUAUCAUUGACCAGCAGCACUGGGGCAGUAUAGCGUUAUCAGACUGAGGACCUGACAUCUACAGCCAUUCCAGGAAUUUCAAAAUUUGGACUGACACUGGCCUUGUCCCAUGUCUUGAAUGCCUGUUUGCAGUUGGACUGUGUUAUAUGCACUUCUAGAAGGCUUCUUCAGUUUCGUUUCACCCUAAAGAUGCCCAAGUCAUGCAUUUUGAGACUGUUAGCAGUACACAAACUCAUGGCCAGUAAACAAGCAGGAGAUUUGCUUCCAAGGAGCAUCCUGAUCUGAACCCAAGACUCAUCCAGACACACCCACAGGCUUCCUCUCUGAGGCACUUUACAACAUAGAAGGACAUGUACUCUGUUAAACGCAAACUUAAUAAUUGACAUCUGGCUUGAAACAAAAUGGCACCACCUUUUUAAGAAGUUUAUUUGCUAUUUAACUAUUUCCACAUCAUGGCACUAUCUUCCAUGGCAUUAUCUUAGAAGUUUUGAGCUUGCAGCCUCAGAACCCUGUAGCUGCCCACUCCUGAUGCAGUGGGAUGACUGUUUUCUGAUGCAAAACACAGCAGUACUGAAAUAAAUUUUGUAGAAGAGAUUGGGUUUGGCUAAUUUAUACUUUCAGGUUUUUUUAAAGUUGAAUAGUACUUGAAACAUCUUAUUUCAAGAUUCUCUAUAUAAAAUGUUCAGUGAAGUUUUAAAUUUUCAGUUAAAGGGUAAAUGGUGUUUCACUCAGUAAAAAAUGUUAAAAGUAAAAUACUCAAAGUUAUCUUAAAACCCCUGUUGUUACAGUUGAACUAAACGAGUAUUUUCAUGGAAGUUUCCAAACCUUUCUUAUUUUAUUUACCUAUUCUACAAGUGUUAUGAUCCACUACACCUUUUUAUUGCUUGGAAAAAUGUUAGUUUCACAGAAUCACAGAAGAGUUAGGGUUGGAAGGGACCUCUGGAGAUCAUCUUGUCCAACCACCUUGCCAAGACAGGGUCACCUAGAGCAGGUGACACGGUUUUCUAGAAGUUUUCUAGAAGUUAUGGUUGAGUUGUAAACGCUUGUUUUUAAUUAAACUUUCAGCUAUAGAGUACUUGACAGAUACUUAAACAAUGUCUGGUGUUCUUUUUUUCUUUUUUUAACUGUCAGUGAUUAUGAACCUUCUUUUAAAAACAGAACAUUGCCCCCAGCCCUUGUAGACUGAAACUUACAACAAUUAACAAACAAGAUAAAUUACACUUUAAAAACCCUUUUGCUCUUCAUGCCCUUAUUAAAUUAGGUUUCAUUUCCUCACAAAUAAAAGCAUUCUUUGUCCCUUAGGAAAAGGACCCAUAUGUAGAUUUGUGAGAUUCUGAUUGUUGCUUCCACAUCUGUUCCAUGAAAAGCUGGAAAAAUAGUGAGAAGAAUUGCUUAGCAAUUUGUGACUAAUAUAGUUAUAAAAUAUUAGUUUAUCAUUUUUAUGGUGUCCCCUAAUGAAAUAUCUUGUUUUUCAUUGAUCUUAACCUUUAAAAUGUUCAGAGUCUAAAACUAUUGCAUGGCUGUAAAGAGACGUCUAAAACAAUUAAAAGCAAUACAGAGAAUAUUUGCUUGCCUUGGCUUUGUUGGUAAGGAUAUUUCCUAAGCAGGCUGCUCUUCUCUAGAGGAAAUCUAACCUCUAAAUCACCAUUUUAAGUAUAAAAAAUAACAUCCCCCUGCUUAUUUCGAGAGAUAUUUGAUAUAAUUUUGGGAAAGUAUAGUCAUAGGCACAGUAUAAAUACAAAGCAGUAUUGGCUUUAAGAAUGGAUUAAUUUAAAAUAGAAGAUGAGAACAUGGAGACAUAGUCUUCAAAAAUUACUAGGUUUUGCAUCUGUAAAUAGUACUAAGAUUUAUAAAUCUCAACUAAAUAUAGGCAUACUGCAGUGGCUGAAAUUCUUAUGCUGUUUCAUAUAUGGACAAAUGUUGCCAUAAAAGCAGCAUAUCUCCUAAAAUAACUAUAAGAGUCAUCCUACAGUCAUUACGAGAUUUUUUUUGUUGUUGUUUUUAAUUAUUGUUGUAUUUGUCACAUAAGUAUUAUUAAUGAAGUUUCUAUUCCCUAUCAUGCUUAUGUCUUAUCGCAUAACAAAAACUUAUCUUCUCCUUGCUAUUUCAUGAUCACAUAUUUCUAUAUAAAUCAAAUCUGCCCUUUUUUUGAUGUUCUUUUAUUUCCUCAAUACUUAUUCAAACUCAAACUCUUAGAAAGAAGAAGGAAUACUAGUACAAGUUAGCAUUUCCUGUUUAUACUGGAUUUUUCUGUACUGCUUAUAUUGCCUAAUUAGUUUGGUUUGGAGAAGCCUUGUCUCCACACAUAUGUUCUGCUAGUAUUUUAUCCAAGAAGAGAAAAAAAAAGAAACCAGUGAACUUCACUGUAUACUUGAUAAGGCAGACUGCUUAUUCAAGGAUUAAGAUCAUAAUUUUCCUACUGGAAAGCUGCUACAUGUGCUUUAUAAAUAGGGACAGCUGUAAGCGAGUAUUUCAAGAAUAUGGGAAGACUGUAACUGUAGUUGUUUUGAGGAAUGACUCUUUUGUGCUGUGAGAGCUGUUAGCUGCCACCAGUGUGCUAAGAAGCUAGAGAAAACAAAACCAGGUUCAGCCUAUGGUCCAAAAUGCCUCUGUGAAGCAGUUCCACAUCACCCUAAGUGGACGAGUGGGUCGAUCCACUUCUUGAUCACAUAAAACUUUAAAUUGUACAUGUACCACUAAAAUCUGAAUCAAAGCUUCUAUGAUGGGUGCCAAUUAUUCGUGCUACAUCUUGGUCCCACGGCAUCUUCUGAAGAGUUUUGGGUGUGUGCUGGCCCUUUUCCCAGCCUUGGAUCUUGCUUGUGGAUGAUACAUAUAAUGAAUUCAUGGACAUAUAGAGUAAAAGAAUUACUCAGAUUGCCCUUUUCAGGAACAGCCUGCUUGCAGACAAUUCGUGUUUUGAAUGUAAUUCAGAACUCUGAAUUACAGCACAGAAGAGUUUAUAGGAUUGGGACACUCAUCCUGAGAUUUUGGGUCUAUUAACCAGCUAGCUUUAUACAAUUGGAUAUUUAACUACUUUAAAUUUAAAAUUAUUUCAAGAUUAAUUUUUCAAAUUGCCCAGGGUGACUAAGGGGUAAUGACUAAUACACCAUAAUAGACUAAUCAUGUGGAUGUCCUUUCCAGGCACCCAGAUUUGAAAGUAAGAUUCUGCAGAAAUAAAUGGCACAUUCCUCAGUGAUAUCAAAAGUAUUCUACUUUCAAUUUUUCUGCAUGGCAUAAAAGCCUUUACUUUGACAUAUCAUAUACUACAAAAAUUUAAUUCCUUUACAUUUUAUUUCAGAAAUAUCAACAUGGAAAUGUAUAAAACUUACAAGGACACUCCUGUAUCUCUGAACCUAAGGAAGUUACUUUCUUUUUCAGAUUCCAGUUUACAAAAUUACUGUCUCUGUGUAUAUAAAUUAAAAGCUGUCUCUCCCAUUGAUCAUAAUCACUUUUUUUUUUUUUAAUUCAAAAUAAUCUAGCCAAACAGUGUUACUUUCUUUAGGCUUUUCUACUGGAAUAGCAUCUUCUUCCCAGUUUGGGAUCUAAGUCACGUUUGCACAGAAAUUAAACCAGACAAAGCAGGACUAGUAAAACGUGUUUGUGAUGUAGACCAACCCUCUUCCCAGUUGGGAAAUGCAUUCAUUUAUGAAUAACAUGUCUGCUGCACACUUGGAGAAGUAACACGAGGAAGGUAUUUCAUGUGUUUUAUCUCUUUGUGUGACCCAAUAAUUGGAAAACAGGUAGCCUGACCCUUGUGACUUGACAGCUCUCAGUAGUUCACCAGUAAUUUGAGACAGAAUAUGGAGUAGCCAUGGGAGGCUACUACAUAUUUAUAAUGGUUUGGAAGCUGUGACAGCUUCAUUCUAAACAGUGAUGGUCCUCUCUCCCUGUAAAGUUGUCUUAGGUUAUUUUUGUGUUAUUUUUCUUUUAAAAAGUGCAGGACAUAGCAGGACACUUAUACAAGAUUUAUAGAGAUAAAAUUGUGGAAAAAUAUGUGUUUGUUUAAUGUUAGGCACUGUAAAUUACCCUCUGAUUUCAAAGAGAAUACUCAACACUGCAUAUGGUUAAGCAUACGUGUAAGCCUCCAUGAGACGUGGGGCCAGUAGGAGCUCUUGACUUCUCUAGAUGGUUUAACAAAAUUCUGCUGCUGCUUUUCUCUAUGCACUCCUGAAACACUGGAAUCAGCAAACUGGUGGUGAACAGCAUACUGUGACAGUACAGUGUAAAGUAGUUAAAUUUUAGGAUGUAUACUGCCAGGAUAGACCCUGUAAGGGACUUUUUAAAUAGACCUGUAUUUCUGUAUAAUCUAGCCAUUCAUGAUGCCUUUGCCAAUGAAGGGCAAGAUCUAAGAAUGUGAACCAGGGCUGUAUUUUCCAUGCUUAUUUCAGAGGUCAACAGGCACACCUGCACAGGGUGACCUGCAGUGAGUGCCCCAUUUACACUGAGAAAAGGCAAAUCACCUUCAGCUGACAGACUGGCUGCUCUGCUCUUCAGUGCUAUAAGGGUUCAGCACUUGCUAUUCUCUACAAAUAACUUGCUACUUCUGUAUGUGGCCCUUGGUAAUCAUUUGCUAACAAGGGCAAGAGCAGUCAUUUUAAGAUUUGGGAAAAGGUGGCAAGAACAGUCCUCACUGGUGCUUUUAAAUCGAGGGCAGCCUGCCUCAUCUUCGAGCCUUGUGAAAUGGAAGAUGGCUGCGAACAGAGGGCAUGCACAUACUGUAUUCUGCUGCCAGUUGAUAUCCCAGUUCAGGGCAUCUAACCUCAUUUCACUUGGAAGCUAAUGUAAGCAGUUCUUACUGAUACAAGUACUAAAAUAGGAAACUAAUAAUUCCUAGAAUCUGGGUUGGCUUAUUAUGAAUGUCAGACAUUAAAGAGAACAUUUCUUCGUAAAACUUUCAUUCUUGGAUUCAAAUAGACUCUUUUAGCCCCUCUUCCAUUCAUUUUAAUAUGAGCGGCCAUGUAAGUGCUCUCAGUAAUAGUGCUCUCCCAAUUUUUGUGUGACAUUCUGUCAACGAUGUACAUUAAAAAGAGAUUAUUAAAUGGAUGAUGCUUUUAGGUACCCAUAUUUUUGCCAUCUGAGGCAGGAUCAUUAGGUUAAGAUAAGAAAAUAACAGUGAUCUGUAGCUAUUACAGAUUAUUUAAUGCAGUAAGGUAGAUGAUAUCCUUUUAGAAAGAAGCCUGGCAGAGGUAGAACAGUUACUGUAAUUUAUUUGGCAAGAAAAAACAGCAUCAAGUCUUUGCAAUAUCUGUGACAAAAAAAUAAAAUUCACUUGAAUGAAAUUCACUUCAGAGAGUUGCCUGCAGGAAUGGAGCAUGCUGGAAUGUUAAGAAAUGUGUUACAAAUCGUUCAUGUACCACUGGGUUCAGAAGCAGCAACUGAGAGAGUGGCCUGUGAUACUGAAGACAGCAGAAAGAGGUAAAAUACAUUCAGCUUUUAGCACUUGGUUUACUGCACUAUUAGGUGAAGACAUUAUCACAGUUGAACCAAGUACCCCAGUGUCAGUAUGGCUGACAAUAAUAAAGAGGCAGCCCUUUCAGCGAAUUAUUUCAAAACAUUCCAGUACUUAAUACAUAGCGCAUUACCUCUUGUAAUUAAAUUAAUGCCUUCUGAUUUGAGUCCACUGAUGUGUGUAUUGUGAAAUCUGGAGGAAAUAUAAGAGGAGAUUUCCAGGAGGGGAGGAGAGAGGAGAAGAGACCUCUUGAGUGGCAAGUCGACUAAAAAGAAAAGGCAAAGCAAGACACAGAUAACUAAUUGCAGCAUUUCCCUCGUCGAGAAGUGUACUUGUUCCCUGAGAGUUAAAGCAGGUAAAGACAAGGUCCUAAUUCUUGAACCUCAAUUGUGCAAUAUUAAUAGAACAUAAGGCUGAUCUGUCAUCUUCACAAGAAGCUCACCACACUACAGGAGGACUGGAUGCUGGUAAGCCCAGUUUGUUGAAAGGCUGAUUUACAUGUUUAGUGAACAAAUUUUGCUUUCACUACCAGGAUCCUCUGAAGUUGCAAUGGGCCUAGUAUGAUACUGUCAACUAAAUGCAAGCAAGAAUAACCCCAGGGCCAGUAUGAGUUACUUCGGAGGCCAAAUUUAGUCCUAAAUACAUUAUAGAUAAGUAUUUAUUUAUUUAUCUCACUGCGAGAGAAGGGACAGGAACUUUGGGAUGUGAUUUCCAUGGUUAUUUGUGUGUGUAUACACCAGUUCUGUUACAUCAGAGAACAGUUCUUUUCCAAAGCUUUCUCCAUGGUUUUAGGCAAUGUUGUAAGUGAGCUUUAGAGAAGCUCUGAGGAUAGGGAAGACAGUGAUUUGGAUUUGGAGGUACAUUCAGGAGAGCAACAAGCACAAAGUGUGGAAAUGAAGGAAGAAACUCAAAAGCUGAUAUUCAUGGAACAGAAGAGAAAGCGGAAGAUACCUUAGAGGUAUCUUCCAAAGCCCCAGUGAAAUAUUGUACUAACUUUCAUGCUAGGAGGAGAGGGAGAGGGGGAAAAUAGAAGUCCAUGACCAGUACUAAUUAAGUUGAGUGAUGUAUUACUACUGAGAACUCAAAAACUUGUUGAGAGGAAUAAUCAGUUGCAAUAUCUUUUAACUGGUAUAGAAAUGAAAACUUCUAGUAAGAGUUAGUAGCUGUGACAUUUGUAUUGGGAAGAAAUUGGGCCUGUUUAGACAUACUGUGAAGUCAUGUAUUAAUGAGGCCCAUGCCAGUCACUGCAGAUAAUGUCCUUCUUAAAGAGCUGACAGCCUAAAGUGUUACACUGAGAAAGAGCUGACAACCUAAAGCAUUACACUGACAAGACAAUGCACAGUGGUGAUCAGCUUGGCAGUGUGAUUUAUUGAAAUAGCUCACUGCCCAGGAAUCACAAAGGAAGAAGAUUUGUGGACAACUGUGUUCACAUGGUCAAAGUUGUGAGUUGCAAACGGGAUACUAUUUUUGUGCAGAGGGAGCUUGUGGAAAAGGGCAGGCAGGAGAGGAAGAGGUAAAUGGUAAAUGAGACUUUGAGUCUGGCAUCAGUUACAAAGUGGUUUUACAAAUAAGCAUCAAAAUGUGGGAAGACAAGGCUGAGGAAAUUUCUCAGGGAGUCUUAAAAGCAAAAGAAAGAUAUUGAAUAUUUCAGAUUUGGUCCACGUGUUAAGGAAAAAUUGCUUUUCCAGGAAAUGAGUUGCUUUUACCUGCAGAACAUAAAUUAGUGUUCUGAGAGGAGAAAAAUCUGUCUAAUAUUCUUAAAUCUGUAGCUGCUAGCAGUGUUUUAGUGCUUUCUAAAUAAAUACCUUUUUUUCUUUCAGGACAGAGCUGUAGAGUUUUAUUUCCCAGACAGGCUUGCUUUUUGCAUUCGAGAGUUAGGGUCUGUCAUGUUAGUAAUUAUAAGGUGAGAGUGAGGAAUCACUGUUGUUUUCUGAAUAGCUCCUCCACCCACCAUCUUUUUGGAGGCUUUAUAGAAUUGCUUUUCGUUUCCCUUUGAUGUUUUUGUGUCUUUAGUGAAGUAAUAGAGAUGUCCACUUAUGUCAUUUAAAUUUUACCCUAAAAGAAAUUUAAAAGUCUUGAGUUUAGAAACAGCCAAAAAAAUGCACAUUGCGUCAGAUCAUUAGCUGGUAUAAAAUGUUUUUACCAAUAGAGCUACAGCAUUUUCUGUCAGGUUAGUAUCUGACCAUUCUUGUGCUACUAAACACCCAGAGAGUACUUAGAGUGAGAUGAAAGAGCAGAAGACUUGAAUCACUCUUUAGGAAGCAAAAAAUGUUUAGUAAAUUGAAUACUUUCUGAACAUCAAUGAACUGGGAUAACUUAAUUACAGAGAACUGGAAAAAACAGCUAAGCCAAUGCUCCUAAAACAUUUACUACUGUAAAUACUUGUAUUUAAUUGUCAGCAAUUGUUUAAUGUAUUCUGGGCUGUUUCCCUUUGUCAGCUCUGAUACUGGUGUUUAUUAUUCUUGGAAAUGUUAACUGUCUAUGAGUGCUUCUCAGUUUUAAAUAAGAAGCAAAAAUGUUAGUUUGAGAACAAUUGUGGGUGAUUGCGAAGAUUUUUAAAAACCAAGAACAAAUAAUUAAUCAAAACAGCUAUGUGAUCAGAAUGAAAUAUGAAACAGAGAGCAAAUUAGUUUUUAUUUAAGAACAAAAUCAGGAUAAAGCAAAAAGGAUGAUUUGGCUCUGAAUUUUCCUUCUACUUUAUAUAACAUAUUUUUUUUUUAUUAACAAUACCCAGGCAUUAUUAGACAAAAACUAGAGUUCUAAAAUGUUUUCAUCCAUCACAGUAAGCUAUUGUCUUAGUAAAGGAUUGGUAAUUUCUUUGUAAAUUGUUUCAUUCUUUAUAUCAGCUGUAACUUGAGUAGUUGCGUUCCAGCAGCAUUUCUCUAAAGAAUACCAGUUCUUUGUGAGAAUUAUUCAUACACAAGGACUUGAACCGAAAAUGGCCCAAAGGUAUUUGUAAAAAUACUGAUGACCCAUAGCACACAAAACAUAGGCAUAUUAGAGAAGAUGCCUGUGUGGCUGUUUGGAAUAUCUAGGUUUCCUGGAACCUCUCUGUGGGACAUACUGCCUGAAACAGCAUUUGGUCUACAAGAGGUCAUUGCAUCCAGUACUUGCAUACCACAUCCUGUUUUCUCUGUGUGAAUGUCACAGAUUCUGUACAGCUUCCUAAAAAUAGCAGUCCAAAACUUCCCCUGUACAUCCUGCUGUUUGUGUAAUAGGAGUUUCACUGAUUUGUUUUUUCCAUGCCUAUCCUUUAAAAAUGUAAAUGUACAUUUUUAAAUAUGUAAAAAUACAUGUAAAUACAUGUAAAAAUCUUGGAAGAAGGAAACUCGACAGUUGUAAGUAUUAUCUUCAAAUAUAUGACUUUUAUAUAAAAGAAUUUUCAAUUCUGGCCUUCCAGGACUAUUGAAUCAGACAUUGGUGAUAAAAUACUUAGCAUAAAUAUAAAUUAUAAAUACCAUAUAUGUUAUAUAGGUAUACUUCCUCUUUCAGAUCAUGUUAACAACCAUGAAAGAAAAGCUUGGUCCUAUGUAUCAUUAUGAAUCUUGUUUUCCUUCCUGCUACUAUAUACUUUUGAAUGAGACUUUGUUUUGUCACCUGUGUCUGUGUGGUGGGAUAAACCUAAGCUGUCAGAGCUGACCAGUAUUUUUCUUUAACCCUUGUUUUAAAAUCCUUGAACACCCCUAUUGGAUCUUUCAUCCAUUACAAGUGUAGAAAAGGCACUGCAGUCAAAAUAUGAGCACAUUCUAUGGAGGUAAUUUUCCUCCAAACAGAAACAUUUUAAAUAUGUGUGUGUGUGCAUCUGUGUGUCUGUGUGUAGUAGUUCAUAUAACAGUAGUGAAUCCUUCAGGCAAGCAAUUCAAAUCAGUCACCCCAGUGUGGUGCUUUAGAAGGGGUAAUUGUUGUGGGUCCUUUCAUGGUUUUUUCACUUUGCCAAUUGAACCAACGUAAUCAGAGGGAAAGUCUUAAUUUUCUGUUAUUUUAAAAGUUUUUUUACCUCUUCUUUACCUCACACAGCUUCUUUUGUUGAAUAAGCCUGGGGUUUAUGGUGCAACUUUAUUUGCUUCGUAUUAGCAGUUAACUGAUUUUAUUUUUAAAUCUCUUUUAUAGAUGAAAGAAUUCCAAACUAAGAUGCAGUCAAUCUUUCCAGCAAUUCCUAAAAAUAGCGAGUC